UGAGUGUUCUAACAAAUUUAUUGUACAAAUUUUUCUUUUUAUUCUUGUUCAUGUCAAAUUCUACAAACUUUACAAAGUCAAAUAUAACACCACUAUGGAUAAAUAUUACGGAAGAAUCUGAGGAGAAGAAUCUCGACUAUGGAGAUGACUAUCAAGAUAUGCGACAUUAUGCUUUAAAGGAUGAUCCUAGUUUAGAUUAUGUAUUUGAUUACGAAGAUCAACCUAACCAAAAAGGUCAAGUCCGAAAAAAAGUACCCAAUUUUUAUCUCAUUGUUUUGUUAAUAUCUGUUCCUACAUUCAUUGUUGUUUUAGCCAUUUGCGUCAGUUGUUGGUUCCUUCUCCAUGGUCCCAAAUGUUGUUUCGGGAAAUUUAAUGAAAUAAAUAAAGAUGACAAUGAUCAUAUUGUAGAAGUUGAUGAUGGGUGACAUGCAUGAUUGAUCGGGCAUAAAUCUACAGGUGAACAUACAUUAGCAAACUUAAUUCCUCAAAUUGUGAA